AAACCUCCUCCCUGAGCCUAAAAGAAAACAGAGCUAAAGAAAGAGAGAGUUGAGCAAGAAAGCGAGGAGAAGAUGAAGACGAUCCUUUCUUCCGAGACGAUGGACAUCCCCGAGAGCGUCAGCAUCAAGGUUCACGCUAAGGUGAUCGCAGUCGAAGGACCCCGCGGCAAGCUCGUUCGCGACUUCAAGCAUCUCAACCUCGAUUUCCAGCUCAUCAAGGACGCCGAGACUGGGAAGAGGAAGCUCAAGAUCGACUCGUGGUUCGGAUCUCGCAAAUCAAGUGCAUCCAUCAGAACAGCUCUUAGCCACGUCGAUAACCUCAUCACCGGUGUGACCAGAGGUUUCAGGUACAAGAUGAGGUUCGUGUAUGCUCAUUUUCCCAUCAACGCUUCCAUCGGCGGUGACAGCAAGUCCAUUGAGAUCCGUAACUUCCUUGGGGAGAAGAAGGUGAGGAAGGUAGAGAUGUUGGAUGGUGUAACCAUUGUUCGGUCUGAGAAAGUUAAGGAUGAGAUUGUUCUUGACGGAAAUGACAUCGAGCUUGUCUCAAGGUCAUGCGCCCUAAUCAACCAGAAAUGUCACGUGAAGAAGAAGGAUAUCAGGAAGUUCCUCGACGGUAUCUAUGUUAGCGAGAAGAGCAAGAUUGUUGAAGAGGAAUAGACAUUUAUGUCUCGAUCAUCUUUUGAAUGUUUAGUUUGUUUUUCACAGACCAAAAUCUCACCGGUGUUGCAAAACUCGGCUUAUCCCUUGUUGUCUUUUUGUUCGAGAUUUUUAUUUACUUUUGCAGAAGUUUUUGGACACAAUUUGCUAGUCUUUAUACCCAUUUUACUCUUCUGAA